CCAGACCAAUUGUAAACAAACACCAGAGAACGGUUGCCGACACCCUGACCGCACAGGUGGGAAAUAUGGACGCCGCGUGUAGCUAGUGCUGCCUGCAGGUAUGGACUCGAAGAAACUCUCUGCUGUGAUAGAGAAGAGGAUCCGCCGCCUGUGUCUGAGUGACUUCCCUUGUGGACGAGCGAGCAAUGAGUGUAGGAAGAGCGAAGACAGUGCGGAGAAAGCGAAUGGGACCGACGCCCUCCUGGACCUGCUGAGCUGCCCCCGCUCCCCGUGGAGCCACGACGGGUCGUGGAGCCGGCAGGUUCCGGGCCUGAGGCGGCUGGCGGUGCUCACACCAGAACCCCUGCAGCCCGACUUCAUUUACACGUACUUUACCACGCUUCGCAUCGUGGACAAGGGCGUGACCGCCAUCGACAGUGGCCUGUUGAAGUUCUCCCAGCUGGAGGAACUCGUGCUGAGUGUGAACAAAAUUCCAGAAAUCCCUGUGGAGAAUCUUCCAAACACCUUAAAGAUCCUGGAAGUCAGCGCCAACCACCUGUCCUCCCUGCGCGCCCUUACCACCCGCCCGCCCCCCCGCCUGCUGCACCUCGGCCUGGGCUCCAAUGGCCUGGGUUCCCACCAAGACGCCGCUCGUCUUACAGGAAGACACUGGCCUCAGCUGGUGUGUCUGGACCUCAGCGACUGUGAGUUCCAGGACCAGCGGACCCUGCUGGAGGCCCUGCGCACACUCCCACGCCUCAGGACCCUGGUGCUGAUGGGAAACCCCUUCACGCUCGCGUCCUCCUACCCGGGCCUGGCUGUGGACAGCCUCCCGCGGCUCUCCUGCCUGGACGCGUCCUGGAUCGGCGCCGAGGAGCGCCGUGGCUUCGGGGGUCUGGCUGACACCACCGGUUUGAUAGUGGACCAGGCGUCCGUUAAAGUGAGUGUGGGAAGGAUGAGAGGAAUUCCAGACCCACAGACGAGCGCGGAUAAGGACUCUCCUGACCUCCCUGUUGUCGCCUACAGCUUCUCUGUCUCAUAUGAGUUCCUGAGUCAUCAAACACCGAUCGACCUGACAGAUGACAGGGAGCCGGAAGUCAUAACUCCAGCUGCGACGCGUGGCGACGGCAGCGACGCCGACCUGCAGUCGGACAACAACAAACUGUCGAGACACAGCACGUCGAAGCUGCCGUGGUCCACGUGCAUGGACUUCAGUGACACACAAACGUACACCGUUAGCGAUCUAGGAGCAUUGAAGAGGUUCUUCAAUCAAGGUGUUCGUCUUUCUAUAGAAGAGGAAAAGGUCGUGUCAUGGCCUGUAGCUCCAGAAGAAAAGAAAGGCAGCAAAGGCAAAGAUUCCUCAAUCAAAUCCGAUUCUGCCAAAGACAAGUCAAAAGACAAAAAGAAGAAAUCUGCACCAGAGCUGGUCCAGGAUGCCCCCGUCAACAGAACCCUCGGCUCUGUGCACGUGCCCCUGCAAAGCCUGCUCAGAGGAGGACAAAAGGUCAGCGUCGUCUGCGACCUUGGUGCCUUGCACAAAGGGUUUGAGGCGCAAGCUACGCAGAUGCUUAAAAAGGAUCUGGGAAAGAAAAUCAAAGAAGAGGAGGACAAGGAACUGAAGUUAGGCAGAGGCAAAGGCGCGGGACAGAGGACAGCGACAUCUUCAAAAGGGAAGGAAAGGAAGGCCCACGAGAUGGACGUCCUCACAGACAGCUCCACGUCUGUGCCAGUGGAGCCGCCGACUGUGGAGUUCAGCGUAGAACUGCAGAGGUGGCAGCCUGGAGCUCCAACACACCUGCACCAGUAGCACGGGGCCCCUCUGUGUGCUGUAUACUGUAUGCGUGCGUGUACACUUUAGACCCUUGUCUGUUACCAACCAGUAUUUACCCAAAACGUGUUCUGCUAAAUGCAUCAAGGAAUAAACCAUCUCACCCAG